GGUACCGAAAAGGACAGAGCAGAGUUGAUACACAAAAUAUUCACAUAACAUCUGAGUGGAUUAGCCACUCAGAGGACUUUAAAAGGGCCAGACAGAAAGAGGAACACCAAAAGCAACAAACAAGACAGACUCAUCAGACAGCAUCAGAAAUACACUUGAAGACUUUAACAAAAGUAUCCAAUUAAAAUGGAAGACACAGCCAUUGCACUUCCCGCUGACAAAAAGGCCCCUCCCAGAUUCAAGCAGAGGGCUGCUCGUACCUUCAAGAGCAAGGCCCCCAAACCCGGACAGAAGGGAUUUGGAGACGAUAUCCCCGGCAUGGAGGGUCUUGGCACAGACAUCACAGUGGUUUGCCCAUGGGAAGCCUUCGGGGACAUGGAGCUCUGCGACCUGGCGAAAUAUGGAAUUGUUUAGACAGCCAUUGUUCCUCAUGUAUUCCAACUGUUUACUAAGCAGCUGAAAAGAGAUUGCAGCUUUUAAUUAAGGUUUUGACCUGGAAAAUAAGAAAUCCAGUACUCUAGCUUGUCUCAUGCACUUUAUCUUUGACCAAUUCUCCAUCAUCCUCGUAACAAGUGGUGUCAGCAGCCUGUACUUUCCACAGAGGAAAAAAAAAAAAUCAAAUGGAGCAUGUAUUUCACAAUAUGAAAGAGGGUCCUCUUAUUCCACCUCUUCCCCUAACAGCUGCUAAUUCAACAUGCACAUAUCUAUUUUGUGAAUUAGCUUCCUAAACAUUUAUUUUCAUGAGAAAGUCUAUGAUUCACUUCACUCUUUGGUGAAAAGAUCAUGUAUCUAUUUUAGCAGUAGAGAGGAACAACUCCAUGAACAAAAUAAAAGUUAAUAGUUUGACCAUC